UGUCGCAUUUUUUCUUAGAAUCGAACCGACUCGAGAUUCUCCCCAUUUGGGCUUAACUCGAACCGAUUCCCGCCACCGGCGACCCUAGCCACCUUGGACGGUGGCCGGAAGCGUGCUAGCCUUCGCGGAAAGAGCAUAUAUUAUGCCGUGCGGUCUUUCCACGCGUCGCUCUCCUGUGCACAACUCGGGCGGGAAAGAGAAGGCUGGAGUGACACUAGGGCGAGCCAUGCAAUGUUUAUCAUCUUCUUCUCAUUUUCCGACUGCUUCACGAUAUUUUUGAUUUUUUAAGGUACAUGAUUGAUCUAUUGUGACUAUUGUCCUUGAUCUCAGACAAGAAAUAGGGUUGUUCAUAAUGAGAACUAUACAACAAGGCUGCUUUUCGGAGCUGAGAACAGGGAGUUGCAAUGAAAGAGCUGACAUGGUCACAAAAUUAUAUUCUAGAUGUUCACAUGGAUCUCGAAACCUUAUGAAACAUCAUAAGCAUAGGGUUUACUUCAACAAGAGAGUUAACAACUCCUUUUUAGCAACUGAUCAUGCAAAGUUGUCACGGUCAUCUCUAACUGAAUGUAGAAAGUAUUUUAUUCCUGUUCUUUGUAACCAGCAUGGUACAGAAUACAAUUUAGAUGAUAGUACACCUCUGACGAAUGGAUAUCCUUCAGUGAGCAGUCAGAAGGAUAGGCGAAAGCUUGUCGGAGUUCUGACUGAUGGACUGCAUCACACAAGUGCUAGAAAUGAGCUCACUAAGCUUGCCUUACCUGCAAUUGUUGGACAAGCUCUUGAUCCAGUUGCACAACUUCUGGAGACGGCCUUUAUUGGUAGAUUAGGUCCUGUGGAGUUGGCCGCAGCUGGGGUAUCAGUAUCGAUCUUUAACAUCAUAUCAAAGCUCUUCAACGUUCCCCUGCUUAGUGUUACAACUUCAUUUGUUGCUGAAGAACUUUCAAAAGAUGCAGAUAAAGCUUCUCAAAAAGGUUAUUUGGCAAAUAAAAAACCUUCUCAGAACAUUGUAGAAAAGUUGGUACUUCCCUCUGUCUCAACGGCCUUGCUGCUAGCUUCUAUAAUUGGUGCGGUUGAAGCUUUAGCUUUGUUCAUGGGUGCUGGAGCUUUCCUAAAUAUGAUGGGCAUAUCUCGGAUUUCUCCUAUGCGUAGCCCAGCUCAGCAGUUUCUUUCUCUAAGAGCCUUGGGGGCUCCUGCAGUUGUUGUUUCCCUGGCUAUUCAAGGAGUCUUCCGUGGAUUCAAGGAUACGAAAACUCCUUUGGUUUGUGUAGGAUUUGGUAAUCUUUCAUCAAUAAUUUUUCUUCCAUUGCUUGCCUAUUCUUUUGGCCUUGGCAUAACUGGAGCUGCUAUUGCUACCGUUGCAUCUCAGUAUGCCACUUUCUUUAUUUAUAUUUCUGUUUUGUUUUUAAGUUGCUCAUACCCUGCAUAAAACUUAAACGCUUGC